AUGGAAGAGAAUGUGUUCAGUGUGCAGCAGAUACAGCCCAAUGUCAUUUCGGUGAGACUCUUCAAGCGCAAGGUUGGGGGUCUCGGGUUCCUGGUGAAGGAACGCGUCAACAAGCCCCCAGUAAUCAUCUCCGACCUGAUCCGGGGAGGGGCAGCUGAGCAAAGUCGGCUCAUCCAGGCUGGGGACAUUAUCCUGGCAGUCAAUGGCCGGCCCCUGGUGGACAUGAGUUAUGAGAGUGCCCUGGAGAUCCUGAGGAGCAUCGCCUCAGAGACCUAUGUGGUUCUGAUCCUGAGAGGUCCCGAGGGCUUCACCACUCAUCUGGAGACCACCUUUGCCGGUGAUGGGAUGCCAAAGACUGUUAGAGUAACCAGACCUUUGUGCCCAACUGCCAAAGCGGUCGACCUGUCCAAUCCAAGCAUCCACGGCAGAGAUCUGCAGCAGGGUGCAGACCAUACCAUGGGCUCGGCUAGUUCAGCAUGGGCCAGGGAGAACGGGCAGGAAGCAGAGUCCCUUGUGCACGUCAAUGGUGUGGUUACCAGCACCAAAGGCGAGGACUCUUUGAAGGGAAGGGACAAUGCCAGUGCCAAUCCUUGCCUCAACGGUGGGGUCGAAAACAAUGAGCUGCUAAAAGAAAUAGAGCCAGUCCUGAAACUCCUGAAGAGCGGCAGUAAGGAACUCAACGGAGACGCGCCAACCAAGGUGGAGACAAGAGAUAUAGAAGUCCAGGUGGACUGUUUCAGGGAAGUGGACAAGUCCCAGAAACCUGUGCCAGCCGGGAUGGAAAAUGACCGAGUUUUCAAUGACCUGUGGGGGAAGAGCGACACGCCCGUCGUCCUGAACAACCCCUACUCGGAAAAGGAGCAGCCACCGCCAUCUGGCAGACAGUCCCCAACUAAGAACUUGGUGAAUGGAAGCCCGUCUAAGUGCCCACGGUUUGCCAAAGUCAAGAACUGGGAGACUGGCUCGGUGCUUCAUGAUACCUUACAUCUCAAGACAGCCAUGGCCAGUGCGUGUACAGAGCAGAUCUGCAUGGGCUCAAUAAUGACGCCCACCCAGCAUAUCCGGAAGCCAGAAGACACCAGGACAAAAGAGCAGCUGCUCUCCUUGGCUAAGGACUUCAUUGAUCAGUACUACUCCUCCAUAAAGAGGUUUGGCUCCAAGGCCCACGUGGAGAGGCUGGAAGAAGUGACCAAGGAGAUUGAAACCACAGACACCUACCAGCUGCGGGACACAGAGCUGAUCUACGGAGCAAAGCACGCCUGGCGUAAUGCAUCCCGCUGCGUGGGCAGGAUUCAAUGGUCCAAGCUACAGGUGUUUGAUGCCCGAGACUGCACCACAGCCCAUGGGAUGUUCAAUUACAUCUGCAACCACAUCAAAUACGCCACCAACAAAGGGAACCUCAGGUCUGCUAUCACCAUCUUCCCCCAGAGGACAGAUGGCAAGCAUGACUUCCGAGUCUGGAAUGCCCAGCUCAUCCGCUAUGCUGGCUACAAGCAGCCAGACGGUACCAUUCUGGGGGACCCAGCCAACUUGGAGCUCACAGAGAUCUGCAUCCAGCAAGGGUGGAAGGCACCCAAGGGGCGAUUUGAUGUCCUGCCACUCCUCCUCCAGGCCAACGGCAAUGAUCCGGAGCUCUUUGAGAUCCCCCCGGAGCUGGUGCUGGAAGUACCCAUCAGGCAUCCCAAGUUUGCCUGGUUUAAGGACCUGGGGCUGAAGUGGUACGGUUUGCCAGCGGUGUCCAGCAUGCUGCUAGAGAUCGGAGGCCUGGAGUUCACUGCCUGCCCCUUCAGCGGCUGGUACAUGGGCACUGAGAUCGGCGUCCGCGAUUACUGUGAUAACUCUCGCUACAACAUGCUGGAGGAAGUAGCCAAAAAGAUGAACCUGGACAUGAGGAAAACCUCCUCGCUGUGGAAAGACCAGGCCCUGGUGGAGAUUAACAUCGCUGUUCUGUACAGCUUCCAGAGCGACAAGGUGACCAUUGUGGACCAUCACUCAGCCACAGAGUCCUUCAUCAAGCACAUGGAGAAUGAGUAUCGCUGCCGCGGGGGGUGCCCUGCUGACUGGGUCUGGAUCGUCCCCCCGAUGUCCAGCAGCAUCACCCCAGUCUUCCAUCAGGAAAUGCUCAACUAUCGGCUCACGCCCUCCUUCGAGUACCAGCCUGACCCUUGGAACACGUACAUCUGGAAAGGGGUCAAUGGGACUCCCACCAAAAAGAGAGCCAUCGGUUUUAAAAAGCUGGCCAAAGCCGUGAAGUUCUCUGCCAAGCUGAUGGGGCAGGCAAUGGCCAAGAGGGUCAAAGCGACCAUCCUCUAUGCCACGGAAACGGGGAAGUCCCAGGUCUAUGCAAAAACCUUAUGUGAAAUCUUCAAGCACGCUUUCGAUGCCAAGGUGAUGUCCAUGGAUGAGUACGACAUAGUCCACCUGGAACAUGAAACCCUUGUCCUGGUGGUCACGAGCACCUUCGGCAACGGAGACCCACCGGAGAAUGGGGAGAAAUUUGGCUGUGCGAUGAUGGAAAUGAGGAAUCCCAACUCUCACCUGGAAGAGAGGAAGAGCUACAAGGUCCGUUUUAACAGCGUCUCCUCUUACUCGGACGCACGGAAGUCUUCGAGCGACGGGCCUGAAGCCAGGGACAACUUUGAGAGCACAGGGCCUCUGGCUAAUGUCAGGUUCUCGGUGUUCGGCCUAGGAUCGCGUGCCUACCCCCACUUCUGCGCCUUUGCCCGCGCCGUCGACACCCUGCUGGAGGAGCUGGGAGGGGAGCGCAUCCUCCGCAUGGGGGAGGGGGAUGAGCUCUGUGGCCAGGAAGAGUCUUUCAGGACGUGGGCCAAAAAGGUUUUCAAGACCACCCCACCGUAUCCCCAGCCUCGGUCAACGAUUUUCCUACGACUUCACACCAACGGGCAGCAGGAGCUGCGCUACCAGCCUGGAGACCACCUGGGAGUGUUUCCAGGCAACCACGAGGACUUGGUCAGCGCCCUGAUGGAGAGACUCGAGGACGCACCCCCAGCCAACCAGCUGGUGAAGGUGGAGCUCUUGGAGGAGAGGAGCACAGCUUUAGGUGUCAUCAGUAACUGGACAGAUGAGAACCGCAUCCCACCCUGCACCAUCUUCCAGGCGUUUAAGUGCUACCUGGACAUCACCACGCCUCCCACCCCGCUGCUGCUGCAGCAGUUUGCCUUACUGGCCACCAACGACAAGGAGAAGAAACGUCUGCAGGUCCUUAGCAAGGGCUUGCAGGAGUACGAGGAAUGGAAAUGGUCCAAGAACCCCACCAUAGUGGAGGUGCUAGAGGAGUUCCCGUCUGUGCAGAUGCCCUCCACCCUGCUGCUCACCCAGCUGCCCGUGCUGCAGCCUCGCUAUUAUUCCAUCAGCUCCUCCCCCGACAUGUCCCCGGACGAGGUGCACCUCACCGUGGCCGUGCUCUCCUACCGCACUAGAGAUGGGGAAGGACCGAUCCACCACGGGGUAUGUUCCUCCUGGUUCAACCGGAUACAGGCUGAUGAAGUUGUGCCCUGUUUUGUAAGAGGAGCUCCUGGGUUCCACAUGCCACAAGAUCCCCAGGUUCCCUGCAUCCUGAUUGGCCCAGGUACGGGAAUCGCCCCGUUCCGGAGCUUUUGGCAGCAGCGGCUCUUUGAAAUCGAGCACAAAGCACUGAAGCCCUGUCCGAUGAUUUUGGUCUUUGGGUGCCGACAGUCCAAGAUCGACCACAUUUACAAAGAGGAGACCCUCCUAGCCAAAAACAAAGGCAUCUUCAAAGAGCUGUACACAGCCUAUUCCCGGGAACCAGACAAACCAAAGAAAUACGUGCAGGACGUGCUGCAGGAGCAGCUGGCUCAGUCUGUGUACAAAGCGCUGAAGGAGCAGGGAGGCCACAUCUACGUGUGCGGGGACGUCACCAUGGCCGGGGAUGUCUUCAAGGCCAUUCAGCGCAUCGUGAAGCAGCAGGGGCGGCUGUCGGUGGAGCAGGCUGGCGCUUUCAUUAGCAAGCUGAGGGAUGACAACCGAUACCACGAGGAUAUUUUUGGAGUCACCUUGCGUACAUAUGAAGUGACUAACCGCCUUAGAUCUGAGUCGAUUGCAUUCAUUGAGGAAAGCAAAAAGGACACGGAUGAGGUUUUCUGCUCAUAACCAGAACCCCUUGCCCCAGACGGGAUGCCAAACCAGCUGCAGCGGCAGCCACCCCCCUCCAGCCGGAGGGCGCUGGGUUUUGUAUUU